GUGCAAAGAAUAUAUAAGCAGAGUGCCCUUCGGCGAAUCAGGUCGUGCCGCCAUGGCAGCUUGGCGCGUCUUCUGUGUGAUACUCGGCCUGGUGGUGGGCAGUGGCAACGCUGGGGCGACAGUGGUUCGGGCGGAUGGGAACCUGGGUCCGGAGUGCGUGUUUGCGGACGGUGCGGUUGGCCGCUGCGAAGAGCUGAAUGCCUGUAUGAGGACGGGGGGCGUGGCCCGACACAACGGAGCCGUGACCUUAUGCAAGACUUCCUCUGCCGCGGCCGUGCACGUCUGCUGCCGGAGGCCCGAGAUCAUCGCCAUGCAAAUGUGCUCAAAGUGGACGCAAUACUGGAGUACCGCCGCCUCACAGGAAUUAAACGUCUCGUGCAUCACUUCACGGCCUCUCAUACACGGCGGGCAGGAGGCCUUGCUGGGGGAGUUCCCUCACAUUGUGUCGGUGGGCUGGUGGGUGGAGGGAGAACCGGAUUGGAAUUGCGGUGGGUCGCUCAUCACGCCCUUCUUCGUGCUCACUGCCGCUCACUGCAUCAGCCGCAACCUCACGAUGGUGGUGAAGCUGGGGGAGCACGACCGCUCAGCGCAUGAUCGGGGAGUGCUACCGCGCCUCAAUCUGGGACUGCCACCGGGGCUCGCGGGGGAAGAAAUCAUCAAAGAGCGAUUCACUGAAUCGGUGCCUAUCGAACAAGAGAUUAACGUGAGUCAUCAUUGCCUACCAUUAUAAAUUCAAGGUCAUUCUUUUCAUUAAUCAGGCUAAUCUGUUAUGUUGCUUAAAAAUGUUGCUUAAAUCUGUUAUGUUGCCACGCCAAUGUACGCGUCUGUGACGUGCGAUUCCUACUGAUAUAAGCCUUGAACACCCAAUUUCAGGAACUUCAGCUAUCUUCUAACUCUUAUUUGAGAUUCUAAAGAAAAAGCAUAGCAUUACCAUACAGAAAUAAUUCAUUUACUUCGGCGCUGGCUUGCAAAGGGGGCCAAUCGCCUGAAAUUCCACCCAUGAUACCAUAACUGAAGGCAAAAAAGUGGUUCAUAGUUUGAAUUUUGAAGCUUUAUGGCAGUGUCUGGCAAUGCUUGGAAGCCUGCAAUUAUGAUCCAAGCAAAUUUUAACGUAUAACUGUUCUCAAUAUUUCUUACGAACAAUGAGCAUUUUAUGUUUGGUUUGCCAUUAUG